CAGGGAGUCCAGUCUCUUGUUCUCCGCUCUUCCUCUCCGCGGGCGGUGGGAGACGCAGGGGCGCGGCGGGCUUCCUGCUGCUUCUGAGGACCUUGGAGCCAGGAGUCCCCGCCAGGGGCUGCACAACGGCGGCGAUUGCGCGGCGAGGAGGAACGCCAUGCAGGAUCCAAAUGAAGAUACAGAAUGGAAUGAAAUUUUAAGAGAUUUUGGCAUUCUUCCUCCAAAAGAAGAGCCCAAAGAUGAAGUCGAAGAAAUGGUUUUACGUUUACAGAAGGAAGCAAUGGUUAAACCAUAUGAAAAAAUGACUCUUGAACAGUUGAAGGAAGUUGAAGAUGAAUUUGAUGAUGAAGAUAUGAGAGCUAUUGAAAUAUAUAGAGAAAAGCGAUUACAGGAAUGGAAAGCUCUUAAGAAAAAACAAAAAUUUGGGGAAUUAAGAGAAAUUUCUGGAACUCAGUAUGUGGAUGAAGUCACAAAUGCAGAAAAAGAUGUGUGGGUUAUAAUCCAUCUGUACAGGUCAAGCAUCCCAAUGUGCUUGUUGGUUAACCAGCAUCUUAGUCUCCUAGCAAGAAAGUUUCCUGAAACUAAAUUUGUUAAAGCCAUCGUGAAUAGCUGUAUUCAACACUACCGUGACAAUUGUUUACCAACAAUUUUUGUUUAUAAGAAUGGUCAGAUAGAAGGCAAAUUCAUUGGAAUUAUAGACUGUGGAGGGCUAAAUCUCAAGCUAGAAGAGCUUGAAUGGAAGCUAGCAGAAGUUGGAGCAGUACAGACUGAUUUGGAAGAAAAUCCCAAAAAAGGCAUUAUAGAUGUGAUGGUAUCUUCAGUUAGAAACACUUCUAUUUGUGAUGACACUAACAGUUUCAACAGUGAUAAUGAUGACGCUUAAUAAAUAGCUUUAAAGUAUAUAUGAAAAGUUUUGUUUGCCACUGCCUCUAUAGUCAGAGAUCAGAAAACUUAUAAAUUGGUUUAUUUUCACUUUUAUAUUAAAACUUAUAUGUCAUUACAAAAACUUCCAGGUAUUUCAGAAUAUUCGCUGCCUCCAACAAAACCAGAAUUUGUACUGAACCUUUAAUAUUUUUCUCUGGUUUAUCCUUUUUCUGAUCCUACUUGGACAAAAACAAAAAUGUUACAAGUCCUCUAUGUUGCCUACUCACUUUCAAAGAAGCCUAUGAAUGAAAAUAAU